CAGAAAGACAAGGAAAUUGUUGUUGAAAUGGAAGAAGGCAGUCAUGAGAAGAAGAAGGAAGAAACCCUACCACCUGGUUUUCGGUUUCACCCCACAGAUGAAGAACUAAUUUGUUACUAUCUCACAAACAAGAUUUCAGAUUCUGAUUUUACAGCAAAAGCAAUAGCUGUUGUAGAUCUCAACAAAUGUGAGCCAUGGGAUCUUCCUGGAAAGGCGAAAAUGGGACAAAAAGAAUGGUACUUCUUCAACCUAAGGGAUCGUAAAUAUCCAACAGGUGUGAGAACAAACAGAGCAACGAACACAGGGUACUGGAAAACCACUGGAAAAGACAAAGAGAUCUUGAACAGUGUUACAUCGGAGUUGGUCGGUAUGAAGAAGACUUUGGUUUUCUACAAAGGUAGGGCUCCCAGAGGAGAGAAAACCAACUGGGUCAUGCAUGAAUAUCGCAUUCAUUCAAAAUCCACCUUCAAAAUCACUAAGGUAUUGCACCUAAACUUAUUUAUGACUAAGAUACUCAAUAUUAAAUUACCUAAGAAAAUAUUUUAA